CACUCGUCUGCGUGACGGCUGAAGUGCUGCUGCUUCUUUGAUGGACGCUCAGACCAAAUCAGGGAAAGUUUACCUGCAACCUCACAAACCUGGAAAAUCAGGGGGCGGGGCUAACCCUGAUCUAAUCCAAACCAGUCAAGAAUACAGAGUUUGUACUUCGUAGUUUUGAACUUGGCAAGUAGAGUCAGGAGUCUGGGCUCACGAGGACAGGAGGAGAGCUCAGACUGAGACAUCAUCCCCACUUCCACGCCGGUGUCCACGUCGCCACGGAAACAGCUGUCUAUGAGGUUUCAUCGCAUCGUGAUCUGGGAUUGAUGCGCCAUGACCUGCAGUUACAGUGACUGAUAAAUGGAAGCCGGUGUGGUUGUCUCUGACGCCCCCCAGCAGCAGUGCAGUGGGCCGACUGGAGAUCCAGGAUAUGGGAGCUUCAGUGGCCUGAGGAUUUCAGCUUUGCUGUUUGCAGAUGAUGAGGUUCUUUGCAUCAUGAGCGCAGAGUGCAGGAAAGAGAAGCAGCAGCUCCAAGGCCAAGGCCAUGGACCUCAGCUGGAAAUGGGUGGUGUACCCGCUGUGAUCCAGGAUGAGUCGCUGCCUCGAGGUCUUGUUCACAGAUGAUGGAAGAGCGGAGCAGGAGAUCGACAGAUGGACUGGUGUGAACGCCAAACCGAGAGCCCUGAGUGUAAAAGUGAAGCUUUACUGAUGAUCUACAGUCACCCUCUGCUCUGGGUAGUUACUGAUAAUGUGAAAAUGAUCUUCCUCUGAAAGGUGAAAGGCGGAGCUUGGAGUACAGCUGCUACUCCUCCACAUCGAAAGAAGAUGGUGGCGGAUACUAGGAUGCCCUCUGGGAUACCGGGAGGAAGCAUGGAGGCAGACCUGGGACUGACUGAGGGGUUAUAUCUCAGCUGGCUUGGGAAUGCUUGGAGUCCCACCGGAUUGGCUGGAAGAGGUGGAUGAAGGGGGGCGGUCUGGGUGCCCCCAUGACCCAAAGCUGGAUGGAUGGACGGAUUCAUAGCAAAAUGGGGUGAUCUCGCCACUGGGGUCAGAAAACACGGGGACCGGAGGGUGAAGGUGGUCCGACUGUCUGAGCUGAUCAGCGUCCUCAGACUCCCCCCGAACGCUGAGGCCUGCCCCAUGGAGAACAUGUGGGCGUUCUGCGUGGAGACUCAGGACAGGACGAUGGUGUUCGCCGCACUCAGAGACGACUGUGCCGACUGGGUGGACAAACUGUGCCAAAGCACGUUUCAGAAAGGAGGCCGUCCACGCUUGAAUCAGCCCCAAAUGGAGGAGAACCAGAUAUACGUCUCAGUAGAAGAAGCCUCUGAGUUCUGGGUGGCGAUUCAGAGGACAGAGGCAGCGACCCGCUGCGGCCUGCAGGGGGCGUACUGGCUGCAGGUGGGGCGGGAGGCACUGCUUCUGAAAGAAACCCAGAAGAAGAACGUUGUCCACGAGUGGCCAUACGAACUCCUGAGGCGAUAUGGGAAUGAUAAGCUGACCCUAACCAUCGAAGCGGGGCGGCGCUGCGACUCCGGUCCUGGAGUGUUCAUCUUUGAGACGCCGCAGGCCGAGAAGAUAUUCACCCUGAUUCAGAGCACCAUCAAACUGAAGACUUCAUCAACCAACCAAAACCCAGAGGGAGAGAAGGUUGUGGUAACCAACAUACAGGCUCAUUCGCCCCUCCCCAAAGUCCCCGAUAUGACCAACAUAGCCGCCAUCCUGGAGAACAAACUGAGGACAGAGGAGAGCAAAGAAGAGAGCGCACAUGCGCGAGAAGAUCAGCCGCCUCCUAUCACCCUCAUGCCACUCCCACUGGUCCCUACGUCUGAUGGCUCCUCUGCAGGUAACCAUGGAGACCAGUCAGAGGCCAUAUACGCUAAUCCGAGUGACUGCAUCCGACCGGUGACGAAAACCCCGCCUGUCAGAGCCACGUAUAUCGACCCUGCGAGCGUUCUUCCUCUCAAACCCCCAUGUGGCGCUCCGCAUCCCCCCCCUCGUGCCGACGACCCGGAUUCGGUCUACUCGGAGGUGUACGACAAGAUCAGCCCUCACCAGAACAAAGACAACGUCCUCCAGAAAAAAGAAGAAAUGAAGGUUUCUGCAGAGGGUGAUCCCGUCUACGCCCAACCCAGCAGCCGGAGCAAAGUGUCUCUGAAAAGUGAAGCCAAGGCCGACCCCUUUGCUCAUCUUUACGCUCAUGUCUGUAAGAAAGCACCAUCGUCUAGCCCCUCGUCAUCCAAUGAGAGCACCCCUUCCUCCUCCUCAUCUCCUAUCGCCAACACGAGCACAACAAAAGCCACGGAUUGUUCGCUUGAUGAUGUAAUCUAUGAAAACCUGGGCAUCAUUUAACUGUGGUGUUUAGAAGACUUCUGAAACCAUCAAUGACAUUCUUCAUAGUAAAAUUGUUUGAAAAAUCUGUUAAACUUGGCCGUGUUACCGCAGCAGAUAUGUUGUAGGCUAACCACAGACUGUAGAACUUUGGGACUGGACGUCAGAGGAACUGCUGGUUUUGUAAGGUCAGGGAUCAGAUGGCCUCACUUUUCGGCUUCGCUCUGUUUGAGAAACUUCUUGCUCGCUUCCUAAAAUAUGAAUAUUUAAUCAUUAAGACAGGUAAAUAAAUAAACCUGCAUGAAUGUGCUUUAUGUUAAUGCAUCUGUUUAUCUGCAUAUUUAUAAGUUUAGCACUCCUGUGUUGCAUAUUCAUACUCUGACUGAUAUUUCCACAAACACUAUAGUAUUAUUUUACAUAUAAAACUGUAAACAUGCUUGUUUGGUUAAGAUGAACAAAUGUAUGUAUGUCCCAGACUCAUGUUACAUACAUGGGUCCUACUAUGUUUCUGUGUAAAUAUAGGAGAUAUAACAGGUAUCGCCAUCAUCUGUUACCGUAAGUGUUAUUGUGUUUUAUUCUAAUAUUGUGCUUUAAAUAAAACAAAUAUGUUACAUUUUUGUUCCACUGAAGGAAUCCCGGUGUUUUUAACACUGUGUUCACAGUUGUGUGGACAGAUGAUUUUAUAUAUUUGUACAUUUGGGAAGUUCCCAUAAACAAUUGGGAAAGUUGGAGUGUUGGCGUCGUGUUCAAACACCUGAUGAAUCAGGGAAAAUAUUUACCAUACUGCACCACUGCCUCCUGAGAAACUCCUGGCGCCCGUCACUUUCAGUCAAGACCAGGUUCAUUGACAAACAAGAAGGAGCAGACGGGGUGAGUCCCCAUGUCCUUGAGACCCCCCAGCUUUGUGGAGUCUUUCAUAAACUAUUCAUGUUGAGUCUGAGUCUGCAGAGGGUCCCAGUGCUGUGGAAGACAUCACACCUCGUCCCUCUACCAAAGACGCCAUGUCCCAGUGGCCCCAGGAUUACAGUCUGUGGCACUGACCUCCCACGUCACAAAGACCUUGAAAAGACUCAUCCUGGACCAUCUCCGACCUAUCAGCCCCGUCAGGACA